UCAAGAAUGGCAGCGGCAGCAAUACUUUACCACUACCCAUGUCCGGACGGUGCUUUUGCUGCUCUGGCGGCACACCUCUAUUUCAAGGCAACUUGUCUCCCUUCACUCUUCUUCCCCAACACCGUCUACCGCCCUCUCACCCCCCACGAUCUUCCUCUCACUCAAAUCUCCCAUCUCUACCUUCUCGAUUUCGUUGGCCCUCCUCAUUUUCUUCAAGAUAUCUCCGCCAAAGUUCAAAGUGUGAUCGUUUUGGACCAUCACAAAACUGCACUUGAGAGGCUAGGGAGUGAGAAUUUGGGGGCUAAGAAUGUUGAUAAAGUGAUUGAUAUGGAGAGGAGUGGGGCUACUAUCGCCUUGGAUUACUUCAAAGAGAAGCUUAUGAAUCAUGAUGCUGUUAAGCACCAGUCUGUGCUCGAUGAAUUUGAGCGUGUUCGGCAACUCUUUCGCUACAUUGAAGAUGGGGACCUUUGGAGGUGGAAACUGCAUAACAGCAAAGCUUUUAGCAGUGGAUUGAAGGAUUUGAACAUUGAGUUUGAUGUUAGAAAAAACCCUUCCAUGUUUGAUCAAUUGCUUUCUUUGGACUUGGAUUGUGUUAUUAGUCAAGGCAUGAAGAGCUUAUCACACAAACAAAAACUAAUGGAUGAUUGUAUCUCCAAGUCAUAUGAGAUAGCCCUCGGUAACGGUGCAUUUGGUUGUUGCCUGGCUGUUGAUGCAGAUACAACACUUUCAGAGUUAAGGAGUGAAUUGGGACAUCAACUAGCUAUUAAAAGCCAAAAAAUGAAGUUGAGGGGUAUCGGAGCUAUUGUAUAUAAAGUAGCAGAGCUUGAAAAUGAUCACAAGUUUAAAAUAAGCCUGAGAAGUGUGGAAAAUGAAGAUACAACGCCAAUCUCACAGGAAUUUGGAGGCGGCGGACAUCGAAACGCAAGCUCUUUCAUGUUAAGCUGUGAAGAAUUUGAGCAAUGGAAGGUGUGAGAUAUGAAACACAUGAUUGCAACUGUGUAAGGUGAUAUUAUGCAUUUUUCUUGUUCUUUUUAAUUAAAUUGUAAUUCAUGAAUUUUCUUUUAACUAUUUAAUCGGUAUCAAUGUAAUUGCUCAGUGUAGAUGUAACUUAAAUCGUUCUUGACUAACCCGCUACAAUAGUUGUUUUCUAUAGGCUAUUCAUUCUUCUUCGUUUACUAAG